CCGCAGUCGUUAGAGUCAUAUUUUAAUUGCAUCUAUCUCACUUAUUAGUAUAAACUAACAUAGAAUAAUUGUGCAAUGAUUGUUUAAAUAUAGAGUAACUAUUAUCCGAAGUUGUGUUCACUGUGGGCAUGACUCAAUUAACAUAUUCCAAUGUUAAUGUCCCAAAAAGGAAAGUGUUUAUUAAUAUACACACAACCGGCAGCAAAGAUAACUCCCCCUCGUGAGUUCCACACUCAGCUGGAAAAGAUCUGACCAGAACUCUUGAACUUGAAAAAUUGUGCCGAUCGGUAUUAGGUGUACACAAAUAUCACAUCGGUAUCGGAAAUCGAUGAUAAGAUAACGAGCAUGCGGUCUGCUGAUAGGUGCUCAGUCACUGUUCGCCGUUCAGCAAAAGUGGAUUAAUGUGAGCAACUUCAAAAAGGCUACGGAGAUGAAUCCCAAAGAUAAUGACGCUGGGCGAAAUGAUUCGUCGAAUUUUGCAGAAGAAAAGUGCAAGCAAUGGGUGGAGAGCAGCGAAUUUUCGGCGAUAAGCGAUGACGUAUCCUCUCUCAGUGGACGCAGUACGGAGUUCAACUCGACCGUAGCCGACAGUGACGUUAACUCCAUCACAGGCGAUAUCGGCAAUAUCAACAUUGGAAGCGUUAAUAAAGGUAACGAAUUAAAGAUAGUGUCAAAUGGAGGGCAAACUGAUAUCAACCACACGGAAAUUUUACAAACUGUGUUCCAAGGAAAUAACACUCAAACAUUUGGUAACGUACAGGUGGAAAAUUCCAACAAAGUCCACAUCGGUAAUGUCACAUAUGUGACGGGGCCCAUCCAUAUUAUACACACCGGUGGUAACAACCUCGGAUCUAUACAGCAGUUCAUAACAAAUACUCCACCGGUUUCGCUACCUUCCAGUAAUAACGGUACGGCGACGCCAGCCGUUUCGGAAUCGACCAAUGGAGAAACAGAGGAAGAAACCGAUGCACCGGAAGUGGUAGAACGAAAUCGUGAUGAAAUAUUCGUUUCUAACGUUUCAAAAAAGUUGAAUGCUAGAGUGCUGAGAAUAGUCGACCGACGGUCGUGGUUGGCGCAACCUGCUCUGGAAUACCAAGACAUGAAAACCCCUGUACCUUAUGUAAUCAUUUCUCACACAGCCACAGAAUCGGCAGAUACCCAAGCCGGAAUGGUCUACAUGGUGCGAAUGAUUCAGUGCUUUCACAUAGAGUCGAGGCGAUGGCAUGAUAUCGCCUACAACUUCCUGGUAGGCAACGACGGAAAUGUCUACGAAGGCCGUGGAUGGAAACGAGUCGGAGCGCAUACUCAAGGUUACAAUUCACGGGCCAUCGGUAUUAGCUUUGUGGGUUGCUUCAUGAACGAGAUUCCUGCCCAAAUAGCGAUGGAUGCAUGCCGGUCGUUGAUUGAAAGAGGUGUCGAACAAGGCUACAUUCAACCAGACUACAAACUAUUAGCACACUGCCAAUGUAGUGCAACCGAGAGUCCCGGACGGAAACUUUUCGAAAUAAUCAAAACGUGGCCGCACUGGACGGCGGAACCAUGACCAAGGAUGUUCUCACAAAAGUUGCUGUGCAGCAAACAAGCGCUCUAUAGUUUUGGAUCAGUUCUAUUCAGAAAUAAAGGUCCAUCGACGAGAUUUAACCUCUCUGUA